AUGGCAUUGAGUACAUCAAAAUGUAUUACAAUGACAAUUUUGUUGUUUAUAUUGAGGAGUGCAAUGUCGAAAAUGGAGGGGAUGAUUGUAGGUGGAAAGUACGCAAAGAUAGAAGACUUCCCCCAUGCCGCUUUUCUGGCCAUAAAUUGCGUAACGGGCACUCAAUCCGACAAUUACUCGUGUGGUUCGUCAAUAUUGAACCAGGUGACAUUGCUGACAGCUGCGCACUGCUUCGAGGACUGUCUUGCGAAAAGCAACAUCGCCGUCGGAGUGGCCGUCGAGAGGAAACGCAGCAGUCUGACGCAUCUAGUGGCCGUCUUCACGAUACACCCGAAGUUCAACGCCAAGAGAGUGAUCAAUGACGUGGCACUCGCUAAGCUCUCCUACAAACUCGAGUUCAGCCCUAAAGUGAAGAGAGUAGUUUUGGUGAAGGAUCCUCCUUACACCGAAGAGGCUGUAGUGGCUGGGUGGGGUAUUGUGGACGAAGGUAAGAGACUGGGCACAAUGUAUUUGAAAUCAGCGAAGCAAAAGAUAUGGAAGAGGAAGGAUUGCGUCGCGGUCUUGACCAAACUUAAUAAAGGCACCAUUUGCGCCCGAGGCAUUAAGAAGGCAGACCACUACGGCUAUCCUGCUGCAGGCGAUUCUGGAAGCGCGCUGAUGCUGCGUGGCUACAUCCAGGUCGGCUUGGUCUCCGUCAAGUACCCGCAACUCUCUAAAGCCGUUAUCGUGUUCACCAACGUACCAUAUUUCUACAAUUGGAUUAUGAAAACCUCCAAAAAGCUCUACUGCUUGAAAACAUAGUAAUACGACUUUAGCUUUAGGUACGUUAAAAGUGUUGAUGCAAAUGUGUUUUAUAAAAGUUAAUGAUAUUUUAAGUUAAUUUUACUUUACUUUGAGUAAAAAUUAAACUAACAGAGU